AUGAAUAGAUUAGAAGAAGCCUUAGAAAACUAUAAUUUAGCCAUUUAGAAAAACCCAGAAGAUCCAAAAGGUUACAAUAACAAAGGCAUAAUUUAAUAUGUAUAAUUUUUAGCUACCAUUUUAACUAAAAUGAACAGAUUCGAAGAAGCUUUAGAAAAUUAUAAUUUGGCAAUUUAGAAAAGUCCCGAAGAUUCAAGAUAUUACUACAACAAGGCUAAUGUUUUAAGUAAAAUGAGCAGAUUAGAACAGGCUUUGGAAAAUUAUAAUUUAGCUAUUUAGAAUAACCCAGAAAAUUCUGAUUAUUUUAAUAAUAAAGCUAGUGUUUUAGAAAAAUUGAACAGAUUUGAAGAAGCCUUGCAAAAUUAUAAUUCAGCAAUUUCGAUAAAACCAGAAGAUUCUGACUAUUUUAACAACAAAGCUAAUGUUUUAAAUAAAAUGAACAGAUUAUAAGAGGCUUUGAAAACCUAUGAUACAGCAAUUUAGAAAAACCCAGAAAAUUCUGAAUAUUUUAGCAACAAAGCUUUUGUUUUAAAUAAAAUGAAUAGAUUUGAAGAUGCUUUGAAAAAUUAUGAUUUAGCAAUUUAAAAAAACCCAGAAAAUUCCGACUAUUUUUCUCACAAAGCUAAUGUUUUAAAUAGUAUGAACAGAUUAGAAGAAGCUUUGCAAAAUUAUAAUUAAGCCAUUUAGAAAAACCCAUAAAAUUUCAUAAUAUUACGAUAAUAAAGCUUUUGUUUUAAAUAGUUUGAACUGAUUAGAAGAAGCCUUAAAAAAUUAUAAUUUAGCCAUUUAGAAGAAACCCAGAAGAUGCUGAUUAUUGCAUCAACAAAGCUGUUGUUUUAUUUUUAGAGCUUAAUAAGGAGAUUUUAAAUAAAUUAAACAGAUUAGAAGAAGCUUUAAAAAACUAUGAUUUAGCAAUUUAGAAAAACUCAAAAGAUUCAAGAUAUUCCUAUAAUAAAGCUGAUGUUUUUGAUAGUUUGA